AUGAAUCAUCGUUCACGAAUAUCUGAACCAAAAGGGACUUCAGAGCUUUCAAAGAAAUUAAAAGAUAUGGCAAAUAAAGAAGAAUUGUAUUUAGAAGAAAUAGAGAGUCUGAAAAACUAGUUAAAUUAAAAAAAGUCUUCUGUUAAGGAGAAAGAGUUAAGAUAAAAAUUAAUUGAUUUAGAAUCAAAGUUGUAAUUGUGGGAUGAUAAUUUGGAGAGAUCCAAAUCAUUAGAAUAUGAAAACACAACACUUAAAACUAAAAUAUAAUAAUUGGAGAAACAUUUGCAGCGUAAAGAGGAUAAAGAGAAAAGGUUAAAGGAUGAAUGGAAUAAAUAAUAUUAGGAAUUAUAAACAGAAGUUAUGGUACAGUUUCAAUAUAAUUAGUAUUGGAAAAAUCAAAUGGACAAAGUCAUUAUGGAAAAUAAUCUUGUACUUUCUAAAAUAACACCAUCCAAGAAGAAAUAUUGA